AUGGCUGACUCAACCCGACCUGCUAGCCCCACCCGGCACACCUUAAACCUCAAACACGACUCGGACAUCACGCUAUUCGUGAAGGCCGGGGUCGACAACAUCCGGUACGGCGCCUGUCCUUUCUGUCACCGCAUAUUCAUGCUAUUGAUAAUCAAAGGCCAACUCCGGUCAGACCUACGAUUCCGUGUCAUAACCGUCAACCCCGUGAAAGCGCCGGUAGAGUUCCGCAACCAAUCGCUACGGCGAGUGCCAGCGCUCGUGGACGGGGAGGUCGCCAGCGAUAACAUCGACGACAUUCUCCAAUACCUGGAGGACUACUACCCGACCCCCGCCCUAGACUACGAGAACCGGGAGGCCGUGGAGGCCUGUAAUAACUUGUUUCAGAAGUUUUGUUUCUAUAUUAAGGAUGUGUCCAAAGACGGGCACAGUUUGAUGAACGAGUUGUGCAAACUGGACGCAUACCUGGCCGGCACCGGCUGGGGCUACCUGUGCGGCAAACACGUUAGCCAACUGGACAUCGAGGUGUGGCCUAAGUUGCAUAAUAUACGUGUGGCGGCCAGGUAUCUCAAGGAUUUUGUGAUACCCGCCCAGUUUAAGCAGGUUUGGCGGUAUAUGAGGGCCGGCUAUGGGUGCGAGGCUUUCGUCGAGUCCUGUCCCUCGGAUCAGGAGAUUAUCAGGCAUUGGGCCGACAAACCCGAUACCGUCAACCUUACCAUCAAACAAAACGCUCAGUUAGCUAAACAGGAACCGGNGGGUGCGAGGCUUUCGUCGAGUCCUGUCCCUCGGAUCAGGAGAUUAUCAGGCAUUGGGCCGACAAACCCGAUACCGUCAACCUUACCAUCAAACAAAACGCUCAGUUAG